UAAUUAGCAAAGAUGGCAGAUGGCAGCUAUUGCUCGCUGUUUCUUUGCUAAAUCAAUAAUAUAUAUAUGACCGAUCUCUUCAUUUCCUUCUCAUCAUAAAAAAAAAAAACAUUCUUCUCUAUCCUUUGCCGAUCUUGCUCAAUUUUGAGAUUUUGAAAGAGAGAAAGAUGGCUGAAUAUACUCCCAAGAACAUUCUUAUAACUGGAGCGGCUGGAUUCAUUGCAUCACAUGUAGCUAACAGGCUUAUAAGAAACUAUCCAGAUUACAAGAUAGUUGUUCUUGACAAACUCGAUUACUGUUCAAAUCUCAAGAAUCUAUUACCAUCUCGAUCAUCAACCAACUUCAAAUUCGUCAAGGGAGAUAUCGGCAGUGCAGAUCUAGUCAACUACCUUCUCAUAACUGAAUCCAUCGAUACCAUAAUGCACUUUGCAGCCCAAACCCAUGUCGAUAACUCCUUUGGUAACAGUUUCGAGUUCACCAAGAACAAUAUUUACGGCACCCAUGUCCUACUAGAAGCCUGCAAAGUUACGGGUCAGAUCAGACGGUUUAUACAUGUCAGCACCGACGAGGUCUAUGGAGAAACAGAUGAAGAUGCGGUUGUUGGUAAUCACGAGGCUUCUCAAUUACUACCCACGAAUCCUUAUUCUGCAACCAAAGCAGGGGCGGAAAUGCUUGUUAUGGCUUACGGUAGAUCUUAUGGUUUGCCUGUUAUAACCACUAGGGGAAACAAUGUUUAUGGACCGAAACAGUUUCCCGAAAAGUUGAUUCCCAAGUUCAUCUUGUUAGCUAUGCAAGGGAUGCCGCUUCCGAUCCAUGGAGACGGUUCUAAUGUGAGAAGCUAUCUCCAUUGUGAUGAUGUUGCUGAAGCUUUUGAUGUUGUUCUUCAUAAAGGAGAAGUUGGUCAUGUUUAUAAUAUCGGCACGACCAAGGAAAGGAGGGUGAUUGAUGUUGCUAGGGAUAUAUGUAAGCUGUUUGAUAAGGAUCCGGAGAAGAGUAUUAAGUAUGUUGAGAAUAGGCCGUUUAAUGAUCAGAGGUAUUUUCUCGAUGAUCAGAAGUUGAAGAAGUUGGGUUGGUCGGAGAAGACUGUAUGGGAAGAGGGUCUUAAGAAGACGAUCGAAUGGUACACGAGUAAUCCAGAUUGGUGGGGCGAUGUUUCGGGUGCACUGCUUCCUCACCCGAGAAUGCUUAUGAUGCCUGGCGGGAUCGAGAGGCAUUUUGAUGAACCCGAGAAGUGUAAUGAUGAUACGACUAAUCAAUUCUCCAGCAUGGUGAUUCCAGAUUCUAAAAGCAAUAAGGCUCCGUUCAAGUUCUUGAUCUACGGCAGGAAUGGAUGGAUUGGCGGAUUGCUUGGGAAGUUAUGCGAGAAGCAAGGGAUUCCUUUCGAGUAUGGAAAAGGGCGUUUGGAGGAUCGAUCUCAGUUGUUGGCUGAUAUUCAGAAGGUUAAACCUACCCAUGUUUUCAAUUCUGCAGGCGUGACUGGUAGGCCGAAUGUUGAUUGGUGCGAAUCGCAUAAACCGGAGACGAUUCGAACGAAUGUGGCUGGGACGUUGAAUUUAGCAGAUGUCUGUAGAGAACAUGGGCUUUUAAUGAUGAAUUUCGCCACUGGAUGUAUAUUUGAGUAUGAUGCUAAUCAUCCUGAAGGGUCUGGUAUUGGUUUCAAAGAGGAGGACACACCUAAUUUUGCAGGAUCCUUCUAUUCAAAGACCAAAGCCAUGGUUGAGGAGCUAUUGAAAGAGUAUGAUAAUGUAUGCACCCUUCGAGUCCGGAUGCCAAUAUCAUCGGAUCUGAGCAACCCGCGUAACUUCAUUACCAAGAUUUCCCGCUAUAAUAAAGUGGUUAACAUUCCAAACAGCAUGACAGUCUUGGACGAGCUUCUACCAAUCUCGAUUGAGAUGGCAAAGAGGAAUCUAAGAGGAAUUUGGAACUUUACAAACCCAGGAGUUGUGAGCCACAACGAGAUUCUGGAGAUGUACAAGAAAUAUAUUGAUGGAGAAUUCAAGUGGAAUAAUUUCACUUUGGAAGAACAGGCCAAGGUAAUAGUAGCUGCUCGUAGUAAUAACGAGAUGGAUGCAUCGAAGAUGAAGAAGGAAUUCCCAGAGUUGCUAGGAAUAAAGGAAUCCUUGAUCAAGUAUGUGUUUGAACCCAAUAAGAAGAACUUUGCAGCUUGAACAUGCAAAAGAUUAUGAUAUAGACAGUUUUGAUUUGCUGCCUCUAGAAAUAUGUUUUAAUUAAAAUUUCCAUGUUUGUCACUGUAUCGGAUAUUAGUUAUUGAAAUUUUCUAUCAUUGUUCUAUUCUAAAUUUGCACCUGA